AUAAUGGAUGGAAAAAAUCAGUCCACAGUGUCAGAAUUUGUGCUUCAGGGACUUGGCUCCCCACAGAAUCUUCAGGUUUUACUAUUCAUGAUAUUCCUGAUGCUCUAUUUCAUCAUUCUAUCAGGAAACAUUGUCAUCAUGAUCUUAAUCAUCACUGACUCUCACCUCCAUUCCCCCAUGUACUUCUUGUUGGCCAACCUGUCCUUUGUUGAUAUGUGGCUUUCCUCAGUCAGUACUCCUAAGAUGAUCACAGACUUUCUCAAGGAGGAAAAGACCAUUUCCUUUGGAGGCUGCAUGUGCCAGAUCUUCUUUGCACACUUCAUUGGUGCAGGUGAGAUGGUGCUUCUUGUGGUCAUGGCCUAUGACCGCUACGUUGCCAUCUGCAAACCACUCCACUACUCCACUAUUAUGAACCUGCAAAGGUGCACUGGGCUUGUAUUGACUUCGUGGAUCAUUGGCUUUGUGCAUUCUAUCAGCCAACUGGCUGUGAUUUUACCACUGCCUUUCUGUGGCCCCCGGGAAAUAGACAGUUUCUUCUGUGAUAUUCCACUGGUAACCAAAGUGGCCUGCUUGGAUUCCCACGAUUUGGACAUGUUAGUCAACAUUGACUGUGGGAUGGUGAUUGUAACCUGUUUUCUUCUGUUGCUGAUAUCCUACACAUAUAUUCUUGUCACUAUUCGCAAAAGUUCCAAAACCGGAGCAUCGAAGGCUCUGUCCACCUGUUCUGCCCAUAUCACGGUGGUGGUGAUCUUUUUUGUGCCCUGCAUCUUCAUCUAUGUGUGGCCUCUCAAGAUCACUUGGUUGGACAAAUUUCUUGCUGUGUUUUACUCUGUUAUCGCACCUCUGUUAAAUCCGGCAAUUUAUACACUGAGAAAUAAAGAAAUGAAAAAUGCUAUGAAAAGAUUUAAAAACUAUUUCUUGAGUUCCUAG